AUGCACGUCGUGCUGCUGCCAUGGCUGGCCUUCGGCCACAUCCUCCCCUUCACGGAGCUCGCCAAGCGCAUAGCUCGGCAGGGCCACCGGGUCACCCUCCUCUCCACUCCGAACACCACCCGCCGGCUCAUCGACAUCCCUCCCGACCUCGGCGGCCUCAUCCGCGUCGUGGACGUCGCACUGCCGCGCGUCGAGCACCUGCCCGAGGGCGCCGAGGCGAGCAUCGACCUCCCCUCCGACGACCUCCGCCCGUACCUGCGCCUGGCCUGCGACACCGCCUUAGCCGGCGCGCUGUCGGACGCCUUGCGGGCGCCGGAGCCGCCGCGGCCGGACUGGGUCCUCACCGACUACGCCGUGUACUGGGCGCCCGCGGCGGCGGCGAGGCACGGCGUGCCGUGCGCGUACCUCAGCCUCUACAGCGCCGCCGUGCUCAGCUUCUUCGGCCCGCCGGAGGCGCUCAUGGGCCGCGGGAGGCACGCCAAGACGGCGCCGGAGCACCUCACCGAGGUCCCCGACUUCGUGCCGUUCCCGACCGCCGUCGCGUACCGCGGCCACGAGGCGCGCGAGAUGUUCAUGCCGGCCGCCGUCCCGGAUGUGUCCGGCGUGGCGGAGCUCUACCGCUCCGGCAUGUCCAUCCAUGGCAGCCAGGUAGUGGGCAUCCGGAGCAGCAGGGAGCUCGAGCCGGAGUGGCUGCGGCUGCUCGCCGAGCUGUACCAGAAGCCGGUGAUCCCCGUGGGGCUGUUCCCUCCGCCGCCGGCGCAGGGCGUCGCCGGCCACGAGGCAACGCUGCGGUGGCUGGACGGGCAGGCUCCCGGCUCCGUCGUGUACGCGGCCUUCGGCAGCGAGGCGAAGCUGACCGGCGCGCGGCUGGAGACGAUCGCGCUCGGCUUGGAGGCCUCCGGCCUGCCGUUCCUCUGGGCAUUCCGGGCUCCCGGCGGCGACGCCGGCACCGGAGGAGAAGGCGGCAGCGGCACGCGCGGCUUGCCGGCCGGCUUCGAGGAGCGGGUCAGCGGGCGCGGAGUCGUGUGCCGAGGCUGGGUGCCUCAGGUGAGCUUCCUGGCCCACGGAUCCGUCGGAGCGUUCCUGACGCACGCCGGCUGGAACUCCGUCACCGAGGGCCUGGCGAACGGCGUCAAGCUGGGCCUCAACGCCAGGCAUCUCGUGGAGAAGAAGAUGGGCGUCGAGGUGGCGCGGGGCGAGGAGGACGGCUCGUUCGCGCCCGAGGACAUCGCGGCUGCCCUGAGGAGGGUCAUGGUGGAGGACGACGCCGAGGAGUUUGGGGUUAAGGCCAAAGAGCUCGCCAGAGUGCUUGGAAAUGACGAGGCCAAUGAUCUGUGCCUGCGAGAUUUUCUGAGGUACCUGUCAGAACACAGCAGGGGCCCAUAA